AUGCGGUUAGAUAGAUACAUGUUGAUAAUAUUCACGACAAUUCAGUGAAAUGAAUGCACUAAAUAUCUAUCUUACCACAUGUCGCUAUGUCAUGCAGGCAGAUUUUGCCGAUCGCGAAUCUUGGAGUGAUUUGUACCGAUAUUUACCGUUUCUUCGCCAGGCCUUAUCGUGUUGUGUAUGUCGGAAUCUGAUCGUAAGGCCGAUGGGACCCGUGCAUAAUGUAUGUCAACAUUUCGUCUGCUUCGCUUGUAUAGGUGGUAAAAUGAAGCUGAAACCCCAGUGUAGUUGGUGUAAGCAUCACGAUGAAUUUAAAGAGAAUACUCAGCUUCGACUAGCAGUGAUUUGUUUCAAGAAACUCUGUGAAUACAUAUCGGACUCCCCUAUAGGCACAGAUUUACACAUCCAGGCACGGUCACCUAAUGGAGAAACAAACAGUCUCACCGCCAUCUUACAGGAAGCAUUAGACUUUGAGGAUGAUUUCACAUUAUCCUCGUCAUUACCACCAAGCCUGGACAUACUUACAAAACAUAAUUUAUCACCAAAGCGCUCAUCAAAAUCGAAGUCACCAUCAAAAUGUGUCAAACGUUCCGAUCAAAGUCAUAAUUCAUCUACAGAGAAAUCGGACUCACCAAAACUAAUGUGUAGUAUUAUUAAAGACAAAUCAACAUUGGAUAUCAACCCUGAAGUAUCAUGCUGUAGCACACCUGGUAACAAAGUAGAACAUGAUUCAGAAUUACAGUUAAACUCUACAUCACAAAGUGAUGAAUCAAUCGAGGUGAAUGUAACUGACACAGAUACUAGUACUGAUUCAAAACCUGAUAGUUCACUUAAAAGAAAACAUGACAGUGAUUUUGAUUGUAGCAACAGAUCUAUAUUAUUUGAAAGUAGUAUUCUCACCUCUGGAUCACAGGGAUCUAGGGGAGACAACUCUCAGUUGCUAGAGCCAGAUACUCGCAGGCAAACACUAGGCCCAAGCAGUGAUCAUGAGCAAAAGGAUUUGAAGACAUGUAAAUGUGGUCGUGGCGGAACAAAUAGUCGUCUCACUUGUCUCGGUCAACGUUGUCCAUGCUAUAUCAACAGACUACCAUGUAUAGGCUGCAAGUGCAAGGGAUGUCGCAACCCUCGCAAGAUCGAACACGACAGACUCAAAAUAGUAAAAACAGAAAAAACAGCAGACAUUGAAUCCAUUGUUAACAGUGAAAAUAUGUUUGUUGAUGUUUAG